AUGGAAAGACCCGAAGGUGACGAGGCGAACGCAAAGCAAAACGUCCCCCUCUCGUCCACCGGGAUCAGAAAGUUCCGCGCCGGGAGGGAAAAACGAGACUGUCGGCACCCGCACCGUCACGAACCCGUUCAAGUCGUAGCACGUGUCGAAUAUGGAAACCCCCGGCGCCCGCGGCAGGUUCGUGGUCUCCGCCACGAAUGCGUCUCGGAACGCCACGUAGGCGGCCGCCGGGAGCCUCGUCACCGCCGUGCCCGUGUCCAUCACCACCCCUCCGUAACCCGGCUCCGUCAGCCGGAAGGCCUCCUCGGGCACGGCCACCCGCGCCCCGCCGACCCCGAGCCCCGAGAGCCCGACGUAAAGCUCGGGGCCCGGGGGUUGCGGAGCAGCGGGACCCACGCGGCCCCCGCAGGUAGCACUGACCGCCCGAACUCAAGCGAACCUCUAGCUGAAGGCCUGGCCAGCCUGGUCGCCGAGCUGGCCCACGAGGGACAUGGGCCCGCCACCGAUGCCCAACAGGCCAGCGGCCCCGACGAACAUGCCGCGGUUCGUGUGGCCGCACCCGAUGGCGACGUUCUGGAUGGUGGUGUGGCCGACGGUGAGGGUCUCGAGGGCGAGGGUCCCUCUGGUGUACGAGCCGUCGCCGUACGAGACCUCGUACCGGCACCGGCGGUCCCGGUGGACCAAUUGGAGUUUGACGGUGGAGUUGGGGAGGAUGGGCGUCUCUGUUGUUUUGCUUUCCGGGUGAUCGCCGGCGGCGGCGGCGGCGGCGGGGCGGAGGUUGGUGGCGGCGGAGAUGAAUUCUUGGACGUUGAGGUGUUCGUAGGGGGGGAAUGUGAUGGCGUGGCCGGAGGAGGUGGAGGUGGGGGUGGCGGCAGCCGCCGCCGGCGGCGGCGGCGAGAGGAGGAAUAA